ACAAAAGUGGUACCGCGGCUGCCAGAGCCAGCAUCCCUAGCCCGCUCGCCGUAGGCUGUCGCCGACAUGGAACCGGUGGCUAGCAACAUCCAGGUCUUGCUGCAGGCAGCGGAGUUCCUGGAGAGGCGCGAUAGAGAAGCGGAGCACGGUUAUGCGUCCCUGUGUCCACACCACAGUCCCGGGGCCGUCUGCAGGAGGAGGAAGCCACCCCUGCAAGCUCCUGGCGCGCUGAACAGUGGGCGGUCUGUGCACAACGAGCUGGAGAAGCGCAGGAGAGCCCAAUUGAAGCGGUGCUUGGAGCAACUGAGGCAGCAGAUGCCCCUGGGAGUUGACCGUACCCGAUAUACUACACUGAGCCUGCUGCGCCGGGCCAGGGUGCAUAUCCAGAAGCUGGAGGAGCAGGAGCAGCAAGCCCAGCGGCUCAAGGAGAAGCUUCGAAGCAAACAGCAGAGCCUGCAGCAGCAGUUGGAGCAGCUCCAGGGGCUGCCGGGAGCCAGAGAGUGGGACCGCCUGAGGGCUGACAGCCUGGACUCCUCAGGCCUGUCCUCUGAGCGAUUUGACUCAGACCAAGAGGAUUUGGAAGUGGAUGUGGAAAGCCUAGUGUUUGGGACCGAGACAGAGAUCCUCCAGAGCUUCAGCGCUGGGCAGGAGCACAGUUACUCACACAGCACUGGCACCUGGCUAUGAAGCCCGCUGCCUGCUGCGGCCUGUACUCUCUCUGGACUGAGCCUGCCAGUCAACGGCCCCACACAAGUCUGCUUAGAGCCACAUGUUGGAAGAGACUAUAAAGCCACCAUGUGGGAGCAGGCUCUGGACUCUGCUGCACGGCUUGGGCCUGGGCCAACCCCCCCCCCCCCCCAGGAGUUUUAUGUAGCACGUGUCCCUGCUUUGCUGCUCCUCACAGGGACAGGAAGCCUGUAAACUUCUUGUUCCUGGGCAAAGCCCAGGUCUCUGCCGUAUUUACUGCACAGUAUUUUCAUUAAAAUCCUCUUUCAUAAGUUCCCGUCCACGGUUUUGCCCGAUGAGAUGGAGGAAGUCCCAGCCACAACUGGAAAAGAGGAAAUAAGAUCAGUAGCUGACAAACAGGGUCACGUGAAAGGCAGUGUACAUCUAAUAAUGUGGGGCUGCUCUAGGGUCCUGAUGCUGAGGCGGAGAGAUGUGACUCACCUGAGCUCCUGAUUCAAACCAAAGCUAUCUGACUCCAGAACUGGGGUCAUCAAAUCAUGUGUUUAUUGAGUGCCUGUUAUGUGCGAAGUAUUGUUCAGGGUACUCGGGACACAGCAGAAUAAAACAA